AUGGCGACUUUUGACGAGACCUUCAAUCCUGCCGCGCUCGCUCGCUCGGAUACAAUCACUUCUACGACCAGCGUUGCAAAGGCGCCCCCCGGCUCCGCCACUAAAACACCUAAGACGACUCAAAAUUAUCCUCGGAUCGACCUCGAACCCCUCUACACCGAACUCAAAUCCCUGAUCAGCCACAACUGGGAUACGUAUUAUGAUGCGCUCACUCGCUUCAUACGAGGGGAGCUCAACACACGGGAGUUCGGUGAUAUCUGCGACGUCUUCAUAUACGCUUCCCCACAGACCGAGCAUGCGCACAACUCGCUGAUAGUAGCUGUAUUGUGUAAUACAACCAAAGAUGCCCCCGAGCCUGGCCUUGCCGCAUGGGUCAGUGCGACCACGGAAAAAGCGUCUCUGGCUGCAACAUCCAAACCUGCUGUCACGAGUGAUGCAGGCGAACAAAGACUCAAGGCCGAAGUGAUGGCACUGCCCCCGAGAGAACGGCGAAGGCUUAAAGGCAUUGCACUCGACAAAGCCGAAGAAGAGGCUGCCGCUCGAAAAAGUAAUUACGAGGACUAUUACCAGGCCGGUCGGAUCAAGGUGCCUGAGACCUCCACUGGCCCCGCCGCUGGUGUGACAAAGACAAAUUGGGAUCUUGAAAUUAGGAAGAGAUAUCUCCAACCACUAUUCGCAGAAACGCUUGAAUUCCCCGAUGUAACCACUCUACACACAAGGAUUGUGCCUAUAUGCUACGAGGAGUCCAUUGCUUCUGGUUGUUCUACACAAUGUGCAGACCUGGUGGGGAUAGCAUCGGAAAUGUUCCUCAAGAACAUCCUCAGUGAGGUUUUCAACAGGACGCGGUCAAAUGGACCAAGAUACGAAAACAGUGCCGGCGGAGGUAUUUUUACCACUACAUACAAGAAAAAGAUCGAGAGAGAGGAGGCGGAGGUCAAAGCUGGGAGGCUCCAGCGCACUCGAGACGACGAUAUGUUGCCCUGCGAGGCUGAAGCGGCAUAUUCGAGGAGGCCUUUGGCCAUGGUCGACCUUCAACUUUCCAGUCACGUCGGACCCUUACCUUGGAAUGGAAGCCCCAUGAUCUCCUGGAAUAUCAUCAAUGCAUCUACUGGUUACGACUACGAUGAGUGGUAUGAAGAACAAGAACAAGAUGCCAAAGACGGCCAUGUUGAUGAGUCUAAUGAUGCCAUGGAUAUUGACAGCGCUGAUAAUUAUGGCUGGGAAGGGGCUGGCGCUCAGGAUAGGCCAAGGCUCGAUUCGGUAUUGGCCGACUGUCUCGCAAUUCCCGUCUAA